AUGGGAGAUUUUAUUUUUCUUGUCUUGUAUAUUGAUGACAGUUUGCUUGCUAGUAGUGACUUGGGGUUAUUUCAUGAGACAAAGAAAUUGUUUUUCGGUAAUUUUGAUAUGAAAGAUCUUGGAGAAACUUCUUAUGUGCUUGGCAUUGAAAUAUAUCGUGAUAGAAAUCGUGACUCGUUGAGACUUUCUCAGAAGGUUUAUAUACGACAUGUUCUAGAAAGGUUUAAUAUGCAGAACUGCACACUUGGUGAUGUACCUAUCAUAAAAGGGGAUACGUUUAAGAAAGCUCAAUGUCCAAGGAAUGAGCUAGAAAGAGAAUCUAUAAAGAUGAUACCAUAUACUAGCGUUGUAAGGAGUUUGAUGUAUGCUCAAGUUUGCACUAAAUCAAAUAUAGCCUACGCAGUUAGUGUCCUUAGUAGGUUUCAGUCAAUUCUAGGACAAGAGCAUUGGAAAGUGGUUAAGAUAUUUAUGAGAUACUUGAAGAAAACUGAAAGUUGCAUGCUUACUUUCCAGUGUUCAGAUCACCUUGAGGUGGUGGCUACUUAG